CAACCCUGUUCUGUAUACACUACAAAUGCAUUACACUUUGUUUAUCAUCAAAACAAUAACAAAUAGUGAAAUUUUUAUAAAAUAUUAAAAAAAUCAAUAAAUUUUAUAUUCUUUAUUGAGUUAAGAAUAAAGUAGAAAUAGUAACAAUGCAAAAUUUUGAUAUGAAUAUGGAUUUUUUAUUUGCACUGCUACCACCAUCAAAUUUUCAAAUGACCGAUGAACAGUUGGUAUUGUGGCAACAUAAUGCUAUUUUUGAGUGUGAAUGUGAUAAUUUUAUAAAUCGUCGUAUUGAGGCAGAUCGUCAGGAACGGGCCGAGUAUUUGAGUAAUUAUGCUAUAAAUACUGCCAUACAACAGCAUGGUCUGCAGAGACGUCGGCGUCGCAGUGAGGGCAACGAAAAUGAAGGAAAUAGUGUUUUCAUAGUCCAUCCACCGGCCAGACGUCCGCGCUUGAGGCCACUGUACUAUGAGGUGUAUGAGGAUGCUGUGGCAGAAGCUAUACGGGAAAGAGGUUUAGUAUUAAGAGGCAGACCUUAAAAAUUAUAUAUUUAUUUAUGCACAUGAAAAGAACAUCAAUAUGUCAACUUAAACUGUACUGUGCAGUGUGCUAUAGACGCAUAGGAAUGAGAAAGGUUUGGAACUAAGAAAAAUGGAGGAUGAAGUCGUCUAUAGUAUACAAGAGGAAUUAAAAUAUCUAAAUGUGAUGAUAUGGGUAUCAUUUUUGAGUUAUCUACUUUUUGAAACUUGAGGGUUUGAUAAGUUUUUUAAAAAACUUUUAUUUUGCUACAAUUCAACGAAAUUUAAAUGUUUUCAUUUUUGUAUCUUAAGUUGUGAAAAUAUAUGUAUAGAACAUAUACUUAAGUAUAUUUAGAAAUAAGAUAACAUAAAAAUAUCUGUGUGAAUUUUUAAUAAAAUAGAUUUUUUAUAAAAAAGACAAAA